GCUUUUUCCGGACGUUGUUCCGUUGCAGUUUUUUUUCCGCCCUCUUUUUGUCCCAGAGAAACCCGUUCGUGCGGUUUGUGCAGAGUGUCUUUAAGACGCGCGUGUCGGAAAUGAGCCUGUCUUUAAUGCGCGUGUGUUUUAUGUCGGCGGAGAGCAGCUGGAGCAGGAGGACAGCACAGCAACAGCCUUUGUUCGGACACAGGGUGACUUGUGCCAUUCCCGGGCCACGCCAUUGAAUUUCCUGUGCUUGGUGGACAUUAAUGGGCAGGCAUGACGCUUUGGACAGUGGACAUACGGACACGCUAAGUGGCAUGGCUAUGCGUGUGUGAGACAGGAUUUUUUUUUUAAAUAAGAGAGAGAGAGAGAGAGAGAGAAAAACAAUCACCUGCGCCUGGUUGCUUUCUCACUGACCAAGUGACAUCUAGGAGACUUAGUCUUAUAGUAUCAUCAUCAUCAUCACAGGACACGCAGUACUCGCCAGGCUCCAUACCGCACAGCAGACGGCUUUUCACUGACCUCUCACCUUAAGCAAUGACGUCCCCACCCUCUCCCCUGGCUUCCCCUUGCCCCUGCCCUCCUCCCCCUCCCUCUCUGCCUUCAUCCCCUGCCCCGUCCUCUCCUGCACCCUCUACUGUCCCGGUGCACCCCUCGCUGCCCCCUACAGGUGAAGUAAUGGUGAUGGCCCUGGGACGAAAGAAACAGAGACUCUUCAUUGUGCUUUCCAUCCUGCCCAACCUCUUCUUGGCCUUUCUGCUGUCUUCUGACCCACUGUUGACCCUGGCAUCACCCCAUCACUGUCACCUGCCAGUGUCCAACCCCACGGAUGAGUUUCUAAAUGCCUCACUGCCCUGGGAGAAGGGUACUAGGGAAGGUGACAGUGGGGGGCUCUCCCAGUGCACCCAGUACCAGUUUGUUAAUGGCACUCGCUCGGGGGUAGUGGACUGUGAAGAUGGCUGGGACUUUAAUGUCACAGAAGGCCUGAGGAAUAACAUUGUCACUGAGUGGAAUCUGGUGUGCUCUCAGUAUUGGCUGGUCCCAGUGGAGGAAGUGUGCUUCAUACUGGGUGUCCUUAUAGGCUGCCUAGGCCUUGGAUAUGCUGCUGACCGAUUGGGCCGGCUAAAGACCCUGCUCAUCUCUCUCUCUUUGUCUGUGGUUUUCGGCAUACUGGUGUGUGUGUCUCCCUCACCCCCCAUGUUCAUCGCCAUGCGGUUCUGCUUGGCUGCAGCCACUGCUGGUGUUUAUCUAGUGCUAUAUAUCGCACGUUUGGAACUGUGUGACCCUUCACUGCGUCUUUUGGUGACCAUGAUCGCGGGCCUGACGACGGUUGCUGGGGAGCUGUUAUUGCUAGCACUAGCUGUUGGAUGCCCAACAUGGAGAGGGUUGAUGGGAACAGGAGCAGCACCUCUUUCUCUCUUCCUCUGCUACGGUAUUCCAGGUGUCUUUCCAGAGUCUCCACGCUGGCUAUUGCUUUCAGAGAGAGCAGGUGACAUGAGCUCGUUUAGUGAACACAGUGAGCGUCAAAGAGAAGACGACGGCUUCACAGAGCUGGAGUCAGAGUCCCUGCAGACUGGUCGCCCCUACUUGUCCUUCCCUGAGCUACUCCAGAGUCGAAACAUCUGGAAAAACAUAUGUGUGCUGGGCUUUACCUCGUUCAUCUCUCAUGGCAUUAGUCACUGCUACAGUUCCUUCAGGGGUGAUGUCCGAGGCACCGCUUCCAGUUUCUAUUGGACCUACCUGCUGUCUGUCUGUGCAGGAGGUGGAGCUUGGCUGUUGCUCUGGGCAACAGUGGACCGGUGCGGUCGUCGUGGGAUCCUCUUGCUGUGCAUGACGAUGACAGGGCUCGCCUCUCUUAUUCUCCUGGGCUUGAUGGAGUAUCUAAGCGAGUCUGCCAUUACCGUGUUUUCUGUGAUGGGCCUGUUCUCAUCACAGGCUGCCGCCUCUCUGUGUGUCCUCUUUACUGCUGAAAUCAUGCCCACCAUCAUUAGGGGAAGCGGUGUGGGCACUAUCCUGGCUCUUGGCUGCGUGGGUCGCCUUAGCUCUCCUCUGAUGGAUUUGCGCAACCACUACGGCUACUUCCUGCACCACGUCGUCUACUCGUCUCUCGCCCUGCUUGCUGUUCUGUCCAUUCUGCUGCUUCCGGAGAGCAAACGCAAGCCCCUGCCACAGACGCUGGCUGAUGGUGAGCAGUACAGACGCCCACCGCUAGGCCGGAAGAGGAGGGACAACGUUCCAUUGCUCGCCACUCCAAAUCCAGAGACCUAGCCUUCUUUGUGGACACACACAUACUGUACACCUGUUCACCUCAGCCCUUCCCUCAACUCUCAUCAUGUCUGUGUGGCAGAGGAUGAGAGAGGGCACACGGGACAAACCUUCUUAACCUCCCAUCCUGUAAUCAUUCCUAACGCGUAAAUGGAGCUGCAGCAUGCUGAGUCCGUCCAGGCUCCUGCUGGAGUGCGAAGGGUGAGAAACUCAAUGGUAUGGAGAGCCUCUGUACACUCUAGUAUCCCAGGGAGCUGCUCCAGUCACUGCAGUGAGGGCCAGUUUCAUAAACGAUGCAACAGGUGAUAACUCUAGAAAAGUAACACACCAGACAGAUGACAUCACAGACACAAUACAAGUGUGUAUGGCCCAUAUAGCACUUAGUGACAAAGCAUCUAAUUAUAUCAACCCCACUUCACAAAGGCAAGGGCUCAAAAUACUACAGGCGUUCUGUAAAUACCCUAAAAUACUCUGUUUGAACUGAAAUAGGAUUUAAAAGGUAGGGAGGAAAUAGAAGUAUGCUCCUGCUGGCCUAUCAGCACAAUAGAAAAACUUCAUUGCAAGUUCUUCUGUUAUUUAUCAAAAGGUAGUUUAUAAUAACAUUAUGGUACUGAUCAUUCUGAUUUGUGUAUGCUGGACUGUGGCAUGAUGACAGAGAAGGAUUUUAUUUGAUUUGAUUUUAUGCCACACAGAUACCGCUCCUGUAGUACGCCUACAGACACUUGAAGGAAACAGGACUGAAUCUUGCACUCAGUUUUAGUGUGCAGGGAAGAAAAGAACAAGCGCUAUAAUUUCUGUUUGGUCAUGCUCUGAGCACAAAUGUGAAAGAGUGGCCAAAAAAAAUUGAAGGAAUGAAUAAUGCAGCUUUGUCUUAGCAUCACUGCUCUGUCAGUUUGUUAGUUUGUUUUAAAAAUUGCACUUAAUUCUCUAUUGGUAGUAAUAAUAAGAGAAUUAAUUAUUAGUAUAAUAAUUGCUAAAAAAUACUUGACAGUAGUAACAAUGACUGACUGCUUAUGAUUAUUUACGUGAAGUAAUUCACAUGCUGUAAUUAUGUUAAUAAAUCUUGAACCUAAGUUUAUUGAAAAUAAAAGAAAAAAAAAGAAAAUUUGGCUCUGUCUUUGUAUGAAUGUAAUAAAAUCCGACCAUGUGAUGGACGGGUGAGUAUUGUUGUUAUUAACACCCCACGACCUCACGACCCUGACCAGGAUAAAGCGAUUACUGAGUAAGAAUGAAUGAUAAAUAUAUAAUAUACAACUAUUUCUCUUUGAAACAUCACACCAGUGUUUACUGACAUCCUUUUGAACAAAGAUUUGCACAUGUUAUUGUUUUAAGACAUUGUUUUAAUCUGAAACAGCUGAAGUAGACCUGGGCUCCCUUAUGCACUGUGGGAUUAGGGAGUAAGAUUAUUUAAAACCUUUGGCAAAUAGCUGGACGCUCCUUUUGCUAUGGGGAGGGGUUUGGGAUCUAUUUUGAAAUGCCAUAAAGCAUCAGACAAUGUUUUAUUUAUUCACUCUAUAAUAAGUCUAUUAUGUGUGUAUAAAAAAUGCAAGCCAUAAAAGGCAUUUCAAAGGAAUCAUUUUUACCAAUGCAAUGAUUUUCAUUAGUUCUAUUCAUUUUGGUCAAUGUUAAUAUUUUGUUACAAUAUAAAAACCUGCCUAAAUGCUUUAGGCUUUAUAAACAAUGGUAUUGUGCUAUUUUGGUAAGGAUAGUGAUUCAUCCUGUUAAAAUCUCAGGCAGCAGCACUCCCUCUCAUGUGGUGUGGUCAGUCAGCCAGUCGGCUCCGUUAUGACUAAGUUUGUCUUACUAUUUUUGACUAGUUCACCUAUAACACACAUACAUGCAGCUUCGCAUCUUAAAAUCAGAACAUUUUUAUUUACUAAAUAUAAUGAGUUUAACUUGCCAUACAUUCAGUAACAAACCAUACAAGCAUAUAUUGUAACAUGGUCAACCAGUUAGGAAAUGGGUUUAAUGAUUUGGGAUGAGCAAUGUAGAGGGAAUCAAGAGAUUUCUUGGAAUUCCUGUGGAACUUUGCAGUAAAGAUCAGCAACAUGUCAAAGAAACAUUUGCAACACGAGAUUUAUAAAGACAGAGAAGAGAGCCUUAUAUCUGUUCUCAUAUCUCUGACUGACUGAAAAAGAGUACAGAACAAAGCAUUUUGGUCUGCUGUAGACAGGCAGCCAGAGCCAGUAUCUCAGAGAGUGUGAAAAACGCCUUCAACAAAAGGGAGAACUGUAGCAAUCGACAGCUGUGAGACUAUACUAGUCAGAUAACAUUCUGGCUUUUAAGAAGCCUGCUUUAGAAAAAUAUGACUAGGCUAAGAUCUGAAGCCGGAAACAUACUGAAAUAAGCUUUUCGGAUAAAACAACGGCCAGAAAAAAUACACAUCCUAUUCACGAUGGAAAAGCUAAUUCACUGAAAUUUUUUUUUAUUAAUAUCAUCUAUACCGCUUUCUUUAGAAGUGGCAAUCGAACCUGCAUCCUGGAGGUGCUGACCACUGUGCCGCCCUUAAGAGUUUUGUGAAAAUGAAUUAAUUUCUUCUACUUUCUAAUGAUUUUUAUUUCUGUGUAGAAAGAGUUAAUGAAUGCAAGUUGCAAUUUUAGAAAUCGUCCUUUUUUGUUAAUAAAUAAGCCUAGAAGUACAAAAGUCUUUUUUUUUUUUACCUUAGAUUAAGUGCAGGAUCAUGUCUGGUUUGACUAUUUCUUAAGUGAAAAGUUUCUUUGCAUUAGUUACAAGCAAAGCACACGAUUGCAACUCCAUAUACACUCCUUCAUACUUGUUAAUCCAUUAGGUCAGCUGUGUAAUCGACUUGAAUGCUCAUUCUGUCCAGUCAAUUCCUAGUUCACUUGGGACAGCUCAUUAACGUUAUCUCAUAUUUCUUUGACAGGCAAAGGAUGUAUAGAACAGUUCUCUGUAGCUAAAGAGGGUAUUAAGGAGAACAGUUUUAAUAGUCAUCAUUGACACUUAGAGAAUUAAGUGGACUGACCUCUGCCUUGUUGUUGUUAUCACUUAGUAAAGCAUGUAAGGGUUUCCAUUUCUCUCACUUGGUAAGGCAUGUCUGCUUACUUCACACUUCACCCUAUUAGAUAUUUCAUUCUAAAAAUAAACCUUUCCUCAUACUUCUGUGCAGUGAUUUGCUGGCUAAUAUUAUUCGUUUAAAUGAACCAACUGUGUACUAAUGCACAUAGAAAGGAAAUAAUUUCAUCAGUACAUCUGUUGAUUAGAAUAAUAUUUGUACCAGCAAAGUGCAAAACAUUUGCUCUUCACAUUUCCAAGUGUCAUCACUCACCAAAAUAGAAAUAGGCAAUUGUUUAGUCAAUUGACUUUGAAAAUAAUUUCCCCCACUGGCACGACCAAAUACCCGGUACCCAAAAAGGGCAUCCAAAUCUAUGUCCUUACCAUGGCAACUUUGGAACGAGAAUUGGCACUAUUAGACUUUGCAUACUGUUUUAUUGAUUAUCAGCCAUGUCCUCUGACACAGCACACACAGCAGAUCACAGUAACAUCAGCCUUUACCAUUAUAGCACUUAACAGUCACCCCCAACCCAGAGUGACGUACAGAAGUGCAUUAUAGUCUCCAUUUGUCUAAGCAUACUGUAUUAUCAGGAUAAAUGGAUAUUUAAGAGGAGUCACCAUGGCAUAAAUCAGUUACCAUGCCCAAAAAAAAAACAAUCCAGAAGGGAUUUUUUUUACAUUAGUGCUUGAAUAAAUAUAUUACAGAAAAAAUAAAUAUUGCUAAGAAAUACUGUAUAAUGAAGAAUAAAGAAAUGACAUUUGUAACAUUUGCCUUGUUUUACAUGCUUUUGCUGGCUCUGACCACAGCUGCACUAAUAUGGGUGUGCCAUUGUGUGCAGAGGAACCUGUGCUACUCAAUCAAACACUGUCACCCACCAGGAAUGUUACUGGGGUUAUGUGUAUACUCAAGGACAAAACAGUGGAGUUAACCAAGCGCCGAUAAGAUGAGGAAUAAUGUCAACAGCUGUUGAUGGACCUCGGGUCCCGCUAAGUGUUGUUAACUAUGACAGAUCUCUAAAGCCAUUUCAGACACGCGGCAAUGUUUUUCUUUCCAGUUUAAGGCGUAUUAUUUGAGCAGGGGAUGAGUCACCGUUUAAAUACAUGACGGUAGUCAAGUGAAAGAAAUAG